AUGUCUCCUGCAUUCCUUGUCGCCGGCGCCACUGGCAAUACUGGACGAGGCGUCGUCACAACCUUGUCGGAACUUCUCAAAGACAAUAAGACUUUCUCCAACUACAAGAUUCUUGCUCUGACACCUCGCCUGCCAAACGUCGAGGUCAUUGAACAGAACUGGGUCGAGAUCACCGCCGAAUGGCUCCGAGCACGCCACGUCGUCAGAGCUUUCAUCGCCUCGCACAACGAACCCCAUCAUUUCGCAGAAGAGUCGACAUUCCAUCUAAAUGCUCUCCACGCUGGCGUUGAAUAUGUCGUGCGUAUCUCAACGACCGCUGCGAACGUCCGUCCCGAUUGCCCCGCCCACUAUCCCAGGACGCACUGGGCGAUCGAGACUUUGCUGAGUUCGCCCGAGUUUGAGAGGCUGAAGUGGACCUCAUUGCAGCCUAAUGUCUUUACGCAAUUCUUGCUUGGUCCUGCUGCCAGUUUUAUCAAGACGUUCCGCGACACCGGAAAGCAAGAGCCGUUGAGGCUCAUGGCUUCAGAGGACGCAGCCGUCGGACCGAUCGAUUCCAACGAAGUCGGAGUCUUUGCGGCUCACCUUCUGGCCACCCAAGAUUUCAGCCCGCACAACAAGGCAAAAUAUGUCUUGAACGGGCCUCAGGAUAUCACUGGCCGCCAAAUAGUCGAUCUUGUUGAGGAGUACAUUGGCAACAAAGUCGAGAAUGUCAUCUUCAAGGACAUGUCAUUCAUUGAACAUGCCGCAGCCCAGACACAACAUUCCAAGAAUGUCAUCCUGUCGAUUAAGCAUGCUCCUGAAACGGCAUGGGAGGGAGAGUGCGGAGUUGAUACGUCAAGUAAGGAGUUCCUCGACAUUGCUCCCCCCAAGACUACGCCUGCGCAAAUGCUCAAGACUUUGGUUGGGGAUAGCCAAGUGCUUCAGUAA